AUGCCAGAGCCAGUAAAGGCGUCCAAGGAGGAUGUCCCUGCUGCAUCGGCAGUCAAGGCUGCUGACGCCGCCGAUAUCAAGCCGCCCAGCGAAAAGGAACAGCUUCUUGCGCUUCUUCGACACAACUUUCUCUUGAUCGAGCGUAGCGUUUCGCAUAUCGAGCAGCGCUUCACUGCACGUGUGCUUCGAACGCUACCUUACAUCAGGAGAAAGGUCAACGCCUAUCCGGAAGUGCUCGCGCUCGCUGUGCAGGAAGGCAUCCUCGCCAACGCACAGGACAACGCAUCGAUCCAAAAACACCUGCUCACCUUCUUGCCCCAGCCUUACAAGCCCGAAGCACCUUCUGCCAGCUCGAACGCGGCUGCGAGUGCCGCAGUCCGUUCGGAGGCGAUGGACGUCGAUUCUGCCGAGCCCAAGGCGGAGGCCGCUAAGGACGCCAAACCCAUUUCGACUGCCGCCGCCUCGGCGAAACCCGCACAGAGGCAGCCCGAGGCGCAGCCCGAGCUGGUUGCCUACCUGCGUUUGCUGACGCUCGUCCACCUCAUUGACAACAAGAAGCUCGAUGCAGCCUCCGACGAGGCCGUUGCUUCCAUCUCGACCAUCACGCAGCAAAACAGGAGAACGCUCGACCACCUCGCUGCCAAGACGAUCUUCUACCUGGGAAGAGCCGAAGAACUCAAAGUCGAACACCAUGCCAAGGCGAAAGGUGCGCGCGUCGAAGGUGGCCUCACCGCCAUUCGAAGCCAGCUGCUCGGCCUGCAGCGAACCGCCUCACUGCGUCACGACUCCGAGACCGAGGCGACCAUCAUCAACCUGCUGCUGAGGUCGUACAUUGUGGAAGCAAAUCUGUACGACCAGGCUGACAAGCUCGUCGCCCGAGCUCCUUUCCCUCGAUCGAGCGCCAGUAACCCUCAGGUGGCUAGGUACGACUACUACGUCGGACGCAUCCGUGCUGUCCAGCUCGACUACACGCAGGCGCACGUCCACCUCCAGCAGGCCAUCCGACGCGCGCCUCAGGUUUCGCUUCCGCAGGACUCGAGCUCGGCUGGUAGCGAUACCACUGCUGCUACCCCUAAACCGGCGACUGUCGAGAAGAAGGAUACGGCCAACAAGAGGGAGUCAAACCCAGUUGGGCAAUCUCAGACUGCAGCUGGCUUCUUGCAGACCGCGCACAAGUUCUUGGUGGUGGUGGAGCUGUUGAUGGGUGAGAUCCCCGAACGAUCCAUCUUCCGUACGCCUGUUCUGCGCAAAGCGCUUGCGCCGUACAUGGAGAUUGUGCAGGCGGUGCGCGUGGGUGACCUGCAACGCUUCCAGUCGACGCUGCAGAAGUACACUUCGCUCUUCCAGACAGACAAGACGCUCUCGCUGAUCGUGCGUCUCCGCCACAACGUGAUCAAGACGGGCAUUCGAAUGAUUUCGCUCUCGUACUCGCGCAUCUCGCUCGCUGACAUUACGCACAAGCUGCACCUCGAAUCGGAGGAAGACGCCGAGUAUAUCGUCGCGAAAGCGAUCCGCGACAAUGUGGUGGACAGCCGAGAUACGCGUGUCGACCACGAGAAGGCCGAGAUGGUCAACCGCGAGACCAAGGAUCUGUACGAGACGGACGAGCCCAUGCAGCAGUUCCAGCAGCGCAUCCAGUUUUGUCUUCAGCUGCACAACGAGAGCGUCAAAGCGAUGCGCUACCCGCUCAACGGUCACAAGGCUGAGCUGAACAGCGUGGCGGAAGCGCAUGAGCGCGAGAGGGAGUUGGCCGCCGAGAUCGCGGAUGGCGAGAUGGACGAUAGCGAUGAUGACUGGGCUUAG